UUUCCAACACACACUGCGCCACGGUGUGUUCACCUCCGUCCCGUCUCCGAAGUUGAAAAAUAACGGUAACGGUGUCGUUGUGUCGGGUGAUGAGGUGGACGCCACUUACCGCCGGGGGAAGAAAGGAAAAGUUGCGAGAGGAAGAAAAACUUCUGAAAUGAUGCGCGAGCGACUGCAUCCCUCCCUCCAAAGUUCAGCUAAGGUGGCUAACGUUAGCUUAGCGUAGGACUCUGAUGUGAAACGUUUGGAUACGCGUGUAUUUAAUCAGUCGGAACACAGUGUUGUAGUUACACGGUGCUUUGGUGAAGCGGAGAAGGGCAGGAAGGUAUCGAACCAGCGCGCGUGGCCGACUGAAAGCUCUCAUCCUUCGCUUGUGUGCCUGCAAGUCGCACCAGGUUUCAGCGUCAAGCUAAUCUAUUUUUUUAGCCGAGUAGAGUUAGCUGGAAGACAGCAAGUGUCAAAUAAAGUUGACAUUAUUAUUUUUUUUAUUGUAAAAAGACAAUAACAUGACACCAAGUUCCCGUUUACCAGCUGCUCUCCAUCAUAAAAAAGACUGCAGUAUUUUUUAUUAUUUUUUAAAAGACUUUAAUCGAAACGAAACAUCACUACUUUGAGGAUAUUUGAAGAGCUUAUAAGAAAUAUAUAAUCACUCUCACGACCACAUAAUGAGAGGUUAUUAACGGAACCGGAUGCACUUGCUCGUGUCGUCAUUAUCACCCUGAGCUGUGACUGUGAAAUGCCAAUUGGAAGUUUUAGUAAAGAGCUCUGUUGACUCUGGACCACUUUGACAAUCUGUGUCACUUUUUAUGAAGUUGGUUUGAGUGAUGUGAGUGACCCCGAGUCAGUCACCAACAUUUUUUUUUUCUCUGGUCACUUCCCGGACUCUUUAAGACUUUUGCACACUGCAGUUUGGAGCCUGUCCUGCAUUGUUAUCAUCAUUGUUCAUCAACCAAAUACCAGAGGGAACCGCACCUUGGAUUGGGCAGAGAGAGUGCUACGAUGAAGGUCACGGUGACAUUUGGGCAGACCGGUGUGGUGGUGCCCUGCAAGGAGGGGUGGACUGUGAGGGACCUCAUCCAGCAAGCCACGCAGAGAUACAGAAAACUCCUGGAACAGGAGGGGGAUUUCCUGGUUCGGACUCACCAUGUUGAAUACUGCGACGGGGGGAUUCUGGACCCCGACGACACACUCAGUGAUCUGGUGGAAGACAAGGACAAGCUGAUGGCUGUGUACGAGGAGCAGGAAGCCCAGCAGAGGGGCGUGGCUAACUCGAGGCUGGCCCCCAGCCCCGACCUCUACCAAUCUGAGCUCUCCGUCUUCCAGCCGGUCGCAGGGGGAGAGAUUGAAGUCAAUUCCUCAGCCCUCAAGUCCAGCACGCCGCUGUUGGUGAGAAGCAGCAGUGACUCAGCUCUCAGCCCCCAGCCGACGGAGACCGGGCCCCCCUUCCACGAGGAGGCCGUCGGGACGGCAGCCGGUUCCGCCGUGGAGAGGCAGGCAGGGGUCGACCGACCCCAAGGCAAACACACCUCUACUGGCAGCCUGACUAGAACAGUGGAGAUCCUGGGAGAGGACAGUCCACUGGGAAUUCAUGUGGUUCCUUACAGCUCAUCACUUAGUGGACGGUCUCUUGGUCUGUACAUCCGCGGCGUGGAGGAGGAGAGCCGCUCACGAAAGGAGGGCUUGUUUCAAGAGGACGAGUGCAUCGUCAUGAUCAACAACACCGACCUCAUGGACAAGACAUUCAGCCAAGCCCAGGAAGUGUUCCGGCAGGCGAUGCGCUCCCCAGUCGUCCGCCUGGAAGUAGUUCCCUCUAUCCACAGAGAGCGCUACGAGAAGAGUCUGAUUGGUCAACUCUUUGGCAACGGCGCCGGUCCCGACAGCAGCCCCCAAAUCGCCAAGACCAAAGAGCCGCCUCCACCCGUCAAAGCCAAACCCGCGUUUAAGACCCCCGAGCAUCCCGCUCUGCGAUUGGCCGAGGAAGCCGCCUCCACCGAAGCCGCGGUGAAUACACCCAAGGGGAGGAGCGAGAGCCCCCUCCCUAAGAAAAGCCCCGCCCUCUCCAGCUUGGUGACCAAUAAGAGAGUAGGACGAAGGCUGAGGAUCGAUCUAAAGAAAGGCUCGGAAGGUCUUGGUUUCACCGUGGUAACCAGAGAUUCUUCAGUCCACGGCCCCGGUCCGAUUCUAGUCAAAAACAUUCUGGCACGUGGAGCCGCUGUCAAAGAUGGACGCCUGCAGUCUGGAGAUCGCAUACUUGAGGUCAACGGCGUGGAUAUCACAGGUGUGGGCCAAGAGGAGCUGGUGUGUAUGCUCCGGAGCACAAGACAGGGAGGUAGUGUGUGUCUUGUGCUCCAACGGCAGGAAGAGAUGUUCCUGCCCCGGGAGAUGAAGGAUGAGCUGUCCCGUGUGACGGGCUUUGUUCAGGAGAGCGGGAAGGAGCAGCUCAUGUUCGAGGUGCCCCUUAAUGACACCGGCUCGGCGGGCCUGGGCAUCAGCCUCAAGGGAAACAAGUCCAGGGAGACCGGAGAGGACCUGGGCAUCUUCAUCAAGUCCAUCAUCCACGGAGGGGCGGCGUACAAGGAUGGGCGUCUGCGAGUCAAUGACCAGAUGGUCGGGGUAAACGGAGAGUCGCUCAUGGGAAGAUCCAAUCAUGUGGCCAUGGAGACGCUCCGCCGCUCGAUGUCACAUGAGGGAAACGUAAGAGGGACAAUCCAACUGGUGGUGCUGAGGGCUCUGAAGGAUCAACACGGGGCGUCACCCGAUCGCUCAUUUGACAGCUCCCCCGGUCUGUCGGGGCCGGUGGGUCAAGUGAGCGGCCCCGGUCACCCCCCCCUGGUAAACAACCUCCUCUAUGCAUCGAAUGCGACCGAUGGGAGUUCCUGUUACAUGGACGAGGACGAGGAGGCGGAGCUGUAUGGACAUGAAACGGAGUUCAGCGGCUGCACCCAGCACUCCUAUCUACAGGACAGAGAAAACUGUCACGCCUCGAGCCCGGCCCAGCCCCAGUGUCCUUCGCAGAAUCAGAGCCAGCAGCAGCGCCAGUUCCAGCACGUAAAGGCCUCCAAGAGCAUGGACCUGGGUACGACUCAGAACCAGCAGCACACUGUGGCAGACGAGAGCAACGUCGCGGCCCAGGCCAGAAACUCUGCAGCUCCAUCAACUCCUGUGGAACUCGGCCCCACCCUCGGCUUGAAGAAGUCCAGUUCCUUGGAGAGUCUCCAGACGGCCAUGUCAGAGGUUAACAGAACUAACGAACUCCUUCCCUUCCAUCGACCUCGCCCAAAUAUGGUCAGAGGAAGAGGCUGCAACGAGAGCUUCCGAGCGGCAAUCGAUAAGUCCUAUGAUGGGCCACCUGAAGAAGAUGAUGACGAUGGGUCGGAGCUGAGUUCAGGCCGGGACACCCCUGCAAGUAGUUCAUCCCGCCAGGGAUUGGGUGAUCGGAUAGAAGAGAAAGGCAAAAAAGACAAGAAAAAGAAACCAAAAACUAAGAAGAAGGAGAAGAAUAAGGAGAAAGGAAAGGAGAAAGAGAAAAAGAAAAUAGAAGAGCCUGAGGAGAUAGAGAAGAAGAGCAAGAAAAUAGGAUUUGGACUGCUCAGAUUCGGGAAGAAGAAGGAGGAGAAAAGGGAGGCGAAAGCAGCUCUGCAGCGACAGAAGUCCGACAUUAUGAGUGAUCUCGAGUUUGAGAGGAUUAAAGACGAGAGGGAAAGGAUCGAGGCAGGGCACCCUGAGCUGAGGGAGCACCGGCGCGGAGACCAGCAGGGCGGCGGCGGCGUGGUGGUGGCGUAUCCAGAUGUUGAAGACGACGACGCGGACCCCAACUAUGCCCGAAUACAAUCCUUCAGGGACCGAGAUGUGGGUCCAACGACGCAGCCGCCGUCUCAGUCCCCUCCCUACAGCACAGUACAGCACGGCCAUGUCGGCACCCCUUCCCCCCAAGGCCCCUCUGCAUUUCCAGGGCACGGGAGUCAUGGUACCGACCCCGGAGCCGCCCCGGACGACGACCCCCUGGAUAGGUUGUACGCCAAAGUCAAUAAACCAAGAGGAGCGGGACCGACAUCACCUCCUGUUUCUGCUCCCGCCAAUGACGGUGUGGACAGGAUCCAGCAGCUACGAAGGGAGUACCAGCAGGCGAGGAGAGAAGGAACGGUGCCACCUUACGAAGAGCUGGACCCACGACGCAGAGGACAUGAAAACGAAGCGCCGAGGAUGCCAGGCCGAGGGCCGGAUCACCGGUUGGCUCCACGUUAUGAAGAAGUGGAACGUCAGUAUGCCUCCCUGCCAAGACGAGGCCCGUUGGAUGUGACCGACUACGCCAUGCAGCCGUGGCCGGGUCAUUACCCCGGACCUCCCCAGGCGCCACAUGGGUACCCUCAGUCCCCCUCCUACCCCCAGGCUGCCCCGUCCUACCCCGGCUACCCACCUGGUCAACCAUAUGCACGGCCAGGUGACCCUCGGGGCAUCGACUCCGGGUACUAUCCCCACCCAAGCGCCCAGCAGAGAGGCCCCUUGCGGCAGGACGUUCCCCCGUCUCCCACCCCUCCGCUGCGUGGACUCCGGUACGACACCAUGGCGCAUGGAACCGCAGGCGGAGGUUACAGGCACCUGGUGGAUCCCAGUCCAGACCAGUAUGUCUAUACUGGGGAGGCAGGAAGACAGCAACACCAAACCAACCCGAGGCAGAAGAAUGCCAUGACUGCAGCUGUGUAGACGAGUCCCAGAUGAACACGAGCCCGACGCCCGCCGCGUUGUGUCGCGCGGCUCGUCUGCUCGCGGCGCUCCAGUGAAAUCCAGUUGAAGCCUUUUUAAUUCUGGGAUUUGAAUCACGGUCAUUAUCAAACACUCUGCAGCGUUUGAAGUGUGUGGUAAUACACAGACGGGCAAGGUAAAGGAGGUUAAUUACAGAGUGGCCGGCGUGAAGCAUAAUGUCUUGUUGUUUGAAGUCAUUCAUUUGCUUUGAGUCUUCCCGCAGCAUUAAAUUAGCUCAGGGUUUUUACUUUUCACGAUACUCUGAUUAAGUCGUCUCUUUCAAGAAUCUGUCAGAGCCACCGAGAUAAUUGGAUCGGUUUAAAUUAAGGCCGUGAAUGCAUACGGCGCUGCACACUCUCAUGUGGUACCCGGUGGUUUUACUGCUGCAGCGCCACAAACACUAACGUUACUACGUGUUGCAUUUUAUUCUACAUGUUACAUUUUACAGUCAAAUGUGAGGCGAUUAUUCUCCUCUUGAGCUGAGAUCUAGAAAAUAAUGGAAAAUGUUCCAAAACUGUGUGAAUGGCAAACGAUGAGUGUGGAGAAAUCAUUCAUUAGAAACAAACAUGCUGAAGGUAUCAGAACUCUACAGUUACAAUAAUAUAUUUCCAUUUAGCCUGAUUAACAAUUUACUAACAACACAGCAUUCAAAAUUGUGGGCGACAGUUUCAGUAUUUUCUCAACUUGUGAAACAGGGAGAACGCCACUCUACCAAUCUUUAUGAAAGUAUAGACUAUUACGUCUGACCAUGUACAGUAUUGUUGAUUCAAUUGCUUAUGGAAACAUAUGAAAAAUCUAAAUUCUCCAAAGCAAAGUAGAGGAGUUUAUUAUCUUCACUUGUAAUAAUAUGUUUUUUUAACAAUGCCUUUUAUGUGUAACCAAACUAUUUCUCUCGGAACUCUCUCGUGAUAACCACUCCGACCGCUGUAGAAGUACCGAAUCUCAGACGUGACGGUCAUCCCCGUUGUUGGAUGUUUGUCUUUGACGAAUCACAUCUGCUCAAAGUGACGACCUGAAUGUGUGUAGUCACGUGUUCACCGUCCUCAGUGCGGUGCAGCCUGUGUUUAUUGCAUCAAUCCAGCCUGAUUGGAGUUUUCGCUCACUUUUAGUUUUUUUCCGUCAAACAUCCAGUUCAAAGAUCAUCCAUUGCUUUAAAAAAAACAACAAGAAGCUGACAACCACAUCUUUCAAACUUCUAUCCGUGUGCUAACAUCAUCCCUCGAGCUUUGACAUGCUGGAAGACGCUCCGUGAGGAACAAGACGAUCAUUUAUCGCCGUCUCCUUCUCUAAUGGGUAUCGGGUGAGAGGAGACAUGAUCAUGGACGGCGUGGUGGCCCCAAUGUGUCUUUCACUCCACAAGCGCAGCAAAGGCUCAGAAAUCAAUUCAACGCCGCGGACGGAGCCGUGUACCGGAGGUCUGCGUCGGGUGUACAUGGGUCAUCUCUGUGA